CAGCUGCGGUUCAUAGUAUUAUAUCUUCCCCAGUAUUUCAGGUAUAUCUUCCUCAUGUAGAGGUUUAAGCAAAAAAAAUACGAUCCUGAUCCAUAUUCACAGAACUGAAAUUUGAGACAGCUAGCCAUUACCAUCUCUAUCGUAGUAUCUCCUUCAUUCCUGCCCCAGCACAGAUGAAGAAAGCUGCAGAGUUGGUAUUCAUUCCUGCCCCAGCAAUUGGGCACAUCGUGUCAGCUAUGGAGAUGGCAAAACUCCUGGUUGCUCGAGAUGACCAACUUUUUAUCACAGUCCUCAUCAUGAAGCUAGACCUUGAGUCCAAGCCCAGGGAAAUAGAUGUUGCUUGUACAGGAAUUGACCGUAUCAACUUCAUCACUCUCCCAGAGGUCAACAUAGGCACAGAAGUCAUUAGUCCCACCAACGCCCUCAAGUUGUUUAUUGAAAGUCAUAGACCUCAAAUUAAAGAUACAGUCUCCAAGCUCAUGAGCCAGUCCCAAUCCGAGUCUCGACUUGCUGGGUUUGUCAUCGAUAUGUUGUGUACCAGUAUGAUAGACGUCGCUAAUGAACUGGGGGUUCCUACAUAUGUGUAUUUCGCAUCCAACGCAAGGUUUCUUGAGCUUUUGUUCCACCUUCAAAUCCAUCAUGAUGAGCAUAACAAGGACUGCACCAAUGUAUAUGAUUCGGAUGUUGAGUUGGUCUUGCCCAGUUUCACCAACCCACUGCCGGCUAGCGCCUUGCCUAGCAUGUUUUUGGACAAGGGCUGCACAACCACAUUCAUCAACCAUGCAAGAAGGUUCAGAGAAACCAAGGGUAUUUUGGUGAACACGUUCAUGGAGCUGGAAGCAAAUGCUCUUCACUCUCUUUCCAACGGCGAAACUCCACCGGUCUACCCCAUAGGACCCUUGUUGAACAUUACAAGAAAUCAAAACCACGAGGGUUCAGAUAGCACCUUGAAGUGGCUUGAUGAGAAGCCUUCAUUGUCAGUAGUGUUCUUGUGCUUUGGAAGCAUGGGAAGUUUUGACAAGGACCAGGUUAAGGAGAUAGCCAAUGCGCUAGAGCACAGUGGACUUCAAUUCCUCUGGUCCCUGCGGGAGCCCCCUGCAAAGGGGAAGUUUACUUACCCCAGCGAAUAUGCAGAUUAUAAGGAAGUCUUGCCUGAAGGGUUCCUUGAUCGGACUACUGGGAUUGGGAAGGUUAUAGGAUGGGCUCCUCAAGCGGCCAUCUUAGCCCACCCUGCAAUCGGCGGGUUCGUAUCUCACUGUGGAUGGAAUUCUAUUCUUGAAAGUCUAUGGUAUGGUGUGCCUGUUGGCACAUUGCCAAUGUAUGCCGAGCAACACUUGAAUGCUUUUGAGAUGGUGAGGGAAUUGGGAUUGGCAGUGGAAGUGAGUGUGGCUUAUAAGAAGGGAAGUGUGAAUGCGCAAGAUAUAGAGCGAGGGAUUAGGCAAGUGAUGGAGCAUGAUAGUGAUACAAGGAAAAGGGUGAAGGAGAUGAGUGAAAUGAGCAAGAAAGCCUUGAUGCAUGGUGGUUCCUCUCACUCUUCCUUGGGGCGUUUUAUUGAGCAGAUUUUUCUUUGACUUAUUAGAAACGAAGAUCAUAUUCAUGUCUAGCAAAAUACAUCAUGUAAAUGUUCCUAGUUAGCUAGUAACAUUGUGCUUUAGGAAGCACAUGAAUGAACAAAAUCUGCCUCUAAAGGCUUAGCUAGAAUGGCUGGAUCCAGUUUCUGUGUUAUCUGCAUUAUAAUAAAAACAGCAUCGAAUAGGCGAAUACACGUGCCAAAGGAAUGAAAGCAGCGGUAGACGUGCUCUUUUAGUGUACUCUUUGGGUUACCGAAUAAAUUGGGAAAGUGCUCACCGUCU